AUGAGCUCCGAGACGCUGCGGUACCGUAGCAGGUCGGUGCAUGGCACCACGACGGGGCUGUUGCUGCAGAAGUUCCGCACGGAUACGCACGCGCACCGCGCGCGCAACUUGGCGCGGACCAACUCGAAGCCGAUCGGCCCGCCGGAGCCCGACACGGGCGCCAAGAACGACGUCUUCCAGGCGCUCAUCAACUCGGCGCCUGGCUGCUACCCUGGAGACGACGGCUCGAGCGACAUUGCGAACCGCUACAACUUUUUCGCACAUAGGAAGCGCUUCCUUGACGUCAUGGCGGAGCAGAAGAAGACGCCCAAGGAGUCACACGAGGAGAAGAGGACGAUCCCGCCGUUUGACGGCAAGCACUACGAGGUCUGGCACGAGAGAGUGAAGCUUAAGCUGGAGAGGAAGAAGCCGUGGAAGUACUGCAAGGAGGACUUGCCCGAGCCGGACGAGAGCAAGGAGGCGGAGACGCACGCGACGUGGACGAGCGAGAUGGCCCACGCCAAGGAGAUCAUCUACGACGCGAUGACGAAUAACAUAAUGCAGACUGUGAAAUUUAUGGGCAAUACGUACCUGAAGUACGCUGAGGAGAGGGCCAAGCUCAGUCGGCUACGGCUCGCUCCCAACGGCAAUGUGCCAGAUCACCUGAGCGAGAUGCGUCGGCUGAUGGAGACCAUUGCUGGAGUCGGGCGUCCUGUGGACGAAUGGCUUACGACCAUCGCCAAGGUCGGAAAGCAGAGGGCGCCAAGGACAAUGAUGAUGAAGAAAAGGCGUUCUUUGCUGGUGGAGGAAGAGGUCGAGGACGUGGUCGCGGCCGUGGACGUGGUGGUCGAUCUGGAGGACACGGGCGCGGUUCCGGUGGUGGACAUGGUUCUGGCAGUCGCGGGAGCCAAGGUGGUGGACGUGGAGCUGGACGUGGCCAAGCCGGCAGCGGACAAAAGCCAGGUGGUGCUUGUUAUCACUGCCAUGAAGCAGGGCAUCAUGUGA